UUUAAUCAUGCUCUGCUCCUUCUAGAACUUCUCACGCAGCCCUCUUCUGCUCAUGGCGCAUUUCAACUCAACCGACCCCAGGUAUCCCCCGGGGCCUCCAGGGCCCCCGCAUCGACAAUUUCCGCGUCGUGAUGACAGGGAUGGACGCAUGUACGAUGACCGUUCCCGCUCUCGAUCACGCUCUGCGAAUCGCCGGCUCGAUUCGCAUGAUGAAGACCGUACGAGAUCGCCUCCACGAGGUCCUGCGGUAGAGCGGAGCGGCGAGUACUCCAGGGACCGGGAUUAUCGUCGCCACUCCUCUCGGUCUCCCCACCCUCCGCCCUCCCGGAGGGGGAGACCCUCCUAUAGAGACCGGGAUCGCGAAGGGUACCGCUCGCCGCCGUACCGCAGUCGCAGCCAUAGCCGGAGCUAUAGUCGCAGCCGGAGUCCACGCAGAGGUCGCCAUUUCGGCCAGGAAAGCAGAGAAAUCAUGAUGGAUGGAUUACCGGCGGACAUGGGGGAAGAAGACGUUUUGAGCGAGCUCAAGGAAUUUUACCAUAUUGAAGGACUGGAAGAGGUCCGCGUUAUUCGUGAUAGACAAACCAAGGUCUCUCGCGGUUUAGGCUUCCUCCAGUUCCGAAGCGUGAACGAAUGUCGUCCGUUUCUAGAACGCAACUAUCCCUUUAUACAGUUGCAUGGGCGGAACAGCGAACGCGGUACGAAAGUUCGAAUCGCUUAUAGCCGGGAGCGGGAAGACAGAAAUCGGGGCAAAGCGGACGGCGAUUGGACCUGUCCAAAUUGCGCCAUCAUGAACUAUUCGACACGCUUUCGUUGCUUUCGUUGCCAAGCACCCCGUCCUGAUCCUGCUUUACUCCCGCCGCCAGAUGAUCCUCCCCCUAAGGUUGUCAACAAUGGCGAUAAUGAUGCAGCUCCCGAAAACCAAGCAUCGCAGUUUCUUCUUUUCCGGGGGCUAGAGUCCUCGGUUACAGAAGAACUUCUGGCCAAAGGUGUUGCCAAGCUGUAUCGACCUGCUACAGACGGAGCGUCAACAAGCCAGAAGAAAGGGGCAAAGGUGGCGUCAACAACCGGCGACUCGAAUUUGGGUGCGCGAGAUGGCUCAAUAAGGCGUGUCUUGUUGGUACGCGAUCGCGAAACCGAAGAAAGCUGGCGUUAUGGAUUCGCAGAAUUUGCGACAGUGCAAGAUGCCCAAGCUGCUGUUGCGCGACUCAACUCUUUUGACAAAUUCACCAUCUCAUCAAAACAAGUGCUAGUUAGCUACAUUCACGCCGGCGUCUUCGUGCCGGUCUUGAAACCCACAGCGGCCACAGAGCGAUUCAGUUUCAGCCCGCUCGCCAACCCUUCUCUCAGGUUGAUGUAUUGGGAUGAAGAGGCGUAUGUGACGGAAUUAGUCUUAUCAACAGCGGAUAUAGAAGGCGGCCAGGGAUCGACAAAAGGAGAACGGACCGACAGCCAGCCCAAAAGUGUCAAGGAGAUAGACAAGGCGAAGAAGCGAAAGGCAGAUGCCGCCGGCGGCAGCGGGGCCAAGAAGAUCGCUGUGCCGUCGCACCUGCAGUUCUGGAGUAAUCGACAUGCUGAGCUUCAUGGUAUUUCCAAAAAGGAUGGAGUGGACAAGACGGCUGCUUCUGCUCCAUUUGGAUCCGAGAGUGCUGGCUCGCCCCCGGAAUCCAACGCCCCCCCUACAAAGUCGUAUGGCGACCCAAAUCGCUACUGCUGCUACCUGUGUAUGCGCCAGUUCAACAGUUCAGCCGAAGUCAACCGCCACGAGCGUCUGAGCCAGCUGCACCGAGACAACCUACAAAAUGAAGAGGCCAAAGCCAAGGCCGAGGCGAAGCUUGUCAAGCACGGCAUCACUCCCCAAUCGACCACCGAGUACCGAGACCGUGCCAGGGAGCGGCGCCAGGCAUUUGGUAGUACCAAAUCGAGCAAAUCCAAGGCAUCGGCCCCUGCCCCGGCACCCAAGGAGGACGAGGCACCUGUGCAAACCACGUCCAAGGGGGCAUCCUUACUCAGCAAGAUGGGAUGGUCUGCCGGGUCUGGCUUGGGCGCCCAAGGCACGGGAGUCACGGCGCCUAUCGCUACCGAAGUAUACGCACAGGGAGUCGGCUUGGGUGCGCAAGGCAGUAAACUGGGCGACGCCACGGAAGAAGCCAACCGCAACACGCGCAAUCGGUACGAGGAAUUCCUGGAAAAGACCAGGCGGCAGGCCCGGGAGCGAUACGAACAGAUGGAAUGACCUAUUCCUGUAUAGUCGAAUGUAAUACCUAUGAUAUAUGAUAACGCUUUAAAUCGUUGCCGUAAUCCUAGACCUAGAGCUAAGAGCCUAUACAAUUGUCAAUAACGCCUUUUGUUUCCCCCCCAUCCCUAUGUACAGAGUGAAGAUUUGGCAGGAGCAGAGUGAAGAGAUUGUCCAGAGGUAAGAAAAUGUAGUUUCCACUAGAAUUGAUGUUCAGUCCGCCACGUUCUCCUUUUCCAACGCCCUCCUCUCCUCGAUCUCCU